AUGGAGAAGCUACCAGUAGAGCUUGUCUCCCGGAUAGUUGAAUAUGUCGAACCGAAGGAGCUACGAACCUCCAGCUUGUCUCGCGCCGCCUCUUUGACAUCUGCCGUGACAAUCCGAUCUGGCGACGGCACUGCUACGAGGCAGCUCGCAACAGAUUGUCUGAAACUGCUACUUCCUUCUUCCCUGCAACCGUGCCCCGGCUCACAAGGUAACAGAAGUAGCAGAAACAGCAACAACCAAGGUGGCAUCCUGGAUGUUAUAGUGCGGACACAGGCUCAGGGCAGCGGCACUGUCGAUCGGUCAGAAUCUUUCCUUGAAAAUAGAUUGGGGCGCAACAAGUGGAUCAGCCAAUGGGAUUCUUCCUACAGUGGGGAGGAAAUCGACUGGUAUUCUGAGUACAUCGCGCGGAAUGUCCCAAUCUCAGUUCACUGGCUGCAGGAACCGGAUGCUGCUGGGAAUCGAAGUGGAGACGCAGGGAUCGUUAAACCUGAAGUCAAGGGAAUGGGGCUGAUGAAAGAUCGCGGUUAUGGGGGUGCUGAUAAGAUAAUUGGCCCUCUGGAUGACGGCACGGUAUGCCUGUGGGAUCUUAACCGUUCGACCUUAAGUGAACGAAACUCAAGAGGAAGGAUCAUCGGGACCAGUGCACCUGAGAGGAUCCUUACUACAGAUAUGAUGCGAAGCAGGGCUACGUUCUCACCCACAAACGCGCCUAUAAUCGAUUUUAUCGGAGUCGGGGAGUGUGUCAGCGUCGAUUCAUUCCGGCAAAUUGCUUUUAUCGCCGUUGGGCACAUCUUAAACGAGGUUGAUAUGUCCACCCUGCAAGUGAUCUCGCAGAAGAAAUUCUCUUGGUCGAUAUUUGCCCUUUCUCAGGAAACUGAAGAGUAUUCGGCGCCGCUAACAGUUGGCACGACGCGGAGCCUUCACCUCUACGACCCUAGGAUCCGCUCCCUAGACUCUAGGAUAUGCAGUCCCGUAGCUCCAAACAAUGACAGAUACGUAUCUUUGCUCCAACCCAAUUCCUCUCUCUAUUCUACACUCUCCUCUACCAAAUAUAAACUCAUUCGCCAUUGCCGGACGUUUUUCUGCGAUUCUACUGUACGACAGGCGCAACUUGUCAGUAUAAGUAGCUUAGCUGCCCUCCCGAUGUGUCCUCAACCAUACGCAUCCAGCCGGCCCCAGCUACGAGGUAACCACAUUAUAGUUGCAUGUGGCGAAUACAAGGGACGCGGCUCUCUUGAGUUGUUUUCGACUAGCAUUCCCACCAACUCCGGAGACUACGGGAGCCAGAGGUGUUCGAUGCUUGUAAAGGAGGCGAUCUGUCAGAAUCGACAGAGUGCCUCGGGCUCAAAGCUCUUGUCCGUGGCGACCCAUGAAACCCGAAUUGUCUUCGCUGAUGCCAACGGGAAUAUCAAAUGGGUGGAACGAGACGAUUACUGGCCUGGCGAACAUGAGAUUGGUGGUUCAGAUAUCGUUCGCAAAAUCCUGCCGUACGACGAAGCUGUUUGCCGAUCGCUACAGAUUCAGCGAGAGGAGCUGAUAUGGAUGGGAGCCUUUGGGACUGGAAGCUGA